GUCAACACAUACAGAGUUCAUUCACAUUCAUAGACUCACCCUCAGGAAAAUUAGAUUCCUGUAUGUCUUUAGACUGUGGGAGGCAACUGGAGCACCUGGAGGAACCCCACACAGACACAGGAAGAACCAAAGUAAGGCAACCACAAAGAGGAAACAGCACCAUCUUAUACAGUCUGAAAUGUGUGAAAUGUCUCACACGGCGUCCGUCUGCUGAGAGAGAAUGGACACAAAGUUAAUCCUCAUUUUUGUGCUUCAGUUUCAAGCAGGCAUCAGUGGAACAACCAACUAUCUCUACUACAGAGCUGGAGAUGAUGCCACUCUGCCCUGUGCCACUGCAUCACCCUCUGACACAACAUGCUCCACCUUUAUAUGGCUUAACAUCAGAAAUCACUUUCCGUUAUCUGCUGAGGUCUUGAAUGGAAAUGUUGUGAAGAGCUCAGCCCGAGCUGCCAGGCUGAGUGUGGACACUGGCUGCUCUUUGGUCAUUAACAACGUCACUGCUGAGGAUGUUGGUCACUACACCUGUCGGCAGGGGAGGAGCAUUGAUCAUGAUGCAUUUGUGUAUUUAAAUGUUCUGACAAUCUCUCCAUCUCCACCAGACGCUGAUCCAAAGAGGGACGGUGAAGUCACAUUACAGUGCUCUCUGUCGAGAUACAGAAGCCUCGGUCCUUGUCCACAGAACAGCGUCCGCUGGUUGGAUGAAACAGGAGCUGUGCUGAGUGGUGAAGGUGUCGGGUACAAGUUCCUCAGACAGACAGAAUGUGUCUCUGCUCUGACUGUGAAGCGUCAGAGUGGCAACAACAGGAAAUACACCUGCCAGUUUGUUGAUAACAACAAAGUCGAGAUAGAGGCUGACUACACACCUGACUUCACAGAAUCCACAGGCUGGUCUCCUCUGAGCUACGUCAUGUUGUCUCUGCGUAUUGCAGGACUGAUCCUGAUGAUCGUAAUCACCAUUCAUGUCAUCAGAAUCAAAUGGAACACAAAACCACUUGAUGAUGACGACAGUGAAAACAAUGAUGGCGACGUCCAGUAUGAAAAUGAUGGAGCACGUCCUGCUGCUGCUAGACUGCACUGAUCCACAACUUCCACACCAACUUCAGAUCAUCACAAAGUCACAUAGCAUCAGUCAUUUUACACUUGUGAUCAAAGCUUUGACUCAAAAUGAUUGUUCUAUAUUUAGUGAAUCACUGAAGGUUAAAAUCAUCAGGUGGACUCAACGUCUGCUGGAUGUGUGGAUACAGAUGGAAAUAUUUUCUUUGCUAUAUAAGGUGUAAAUAUGUCAGAGGUGUUUUCUGCUUCAAAGAAGACAAA